UUUUCUUCGUUUUAUAUUCUCAGGCUUCUCUGCUUCAUCAACACUCCAGUCUCUCUCUCUGUCGGUCUCUAUAUCUAUAUCUAGAGAGAGAAAACGCAUAGUAGAGAGAGAGUAAGCAAAGGUGCAGAUCUAGAUCUGUGGUGUGUGUCUGUGUGAAGAAGAGGAAUCCAUUGCAAUGGCGUCAAAGAUCUUACUGAUUGCGGUCUUCGUCUUCGAUGUCAUUGCCUUUGCGUUGGCUGUUGCUGCUGAGCAGAGACGAAGCACUGCCACAAUCACACCAGACAAUGAAAAAAAUUAUAAUUACUGUGUCUACGACUCAGAUAUUUCGACGGGGUAUGGAGUUGGUGCAUUCUUCGUCCUCAUGGCCAGUCAAGUUGUUAUAAUGGUAGCAAGUCGAUGUUUCUGCUGCGGGAAGGCUUUGAGGCCUGGAGGUUCAAGGGCUUGGGCAGUUCUUCUUUUCAUUACCUGCUGGGUGUUGUUCUUCAUUGCGGAGGUGUGCUUGCUAGCUGGUUCAGUGGAGAAUGCCUAUCACACCAAGUACCGGACUAUUUGGGGUGAAAACCCCCCCUCUUGCCAGAUGUUGCGAAAGGGAGUUUUUGCGGCAGGGGCAGCUUUCAUUUUCUUGAAUUUCAUAGUCUCCGAGCUUUACUAUAUUUGCUUUUCCAAGGCCCAGGAAAGCUUCCAACCAUAUGGUGGAGAAGCUGCUGUUGGUAUGGGAACCUACAAAUAAGCUCAAUCUUGCAACUAUCUGGACUCUCUCUGCAUAAAUUAGAUUGCCCCAUUUGUGUUUUGAUUUCACGUUUUAGGAGUUAAAAUUUAGUAGGAAACAGCUUGUAUUCUACUACUUUGUUUCAUUCUUGCUCUUGUGAAAUUUUCCAUUUGCACCCAAAAAAAAAAAAAUUCAUUGGAUCAGAUGUGAUAUAUAAAUAUCAAUAAUAGUAGGAUGAUGUUUGUUUUCUGUUC